CAUUGGUUUCAUCAGUAAUAUAUAUAUGUUUUUAAUUAUAUAUAUAUAUAUAUUGUGGGUAUAUAUGUUUUUGGAUAAAUUAUAUGUUGUGUUCGAGUCCUCCGAGACAGGUUUAAGAAAACCCUGAAAAGCAAAUCCAUGGAGGAGAUCAGUGCUUUGAUCUUCCAAGGUUGCAAGUUGGCCAGAGAGCUUGAAUCGAACUUUCCACACUUGGCCGGCCAGCCCGAAGUUCUCUCGGAUUCAUGCGACCAGAUCCUCAGGCUUUUGGCCGCCGCCAAAGCAAAGUUGAAUGUUGGUGAUGCGCAGAUGGUGGAGCCCGGGGAGAGAGUGGAGGAGUGGCUGAGAUACGGCCGCGGAGAGGCAAUGGGGCUGCAUCCGAGGGAGCUUUUCGGCGCUGGAAACGUCGUGCAUGGGACGCCGGAGGGUGGGAAGGAGAUGGAGGUCUUGGGUGGAGGAGAUGGGGAAGAUUCGGAGAUGUUCGGGGCCGGCGGAGGGGAGGGGAGGCCACCCGCGGUUGCUGGGGAUCACGGCGGGUCUUCGUCCUCGCAAAGGCCGCGAAGAAGGAACGUUGACGGCGGCAAACGAAGGGUCCUGAUGCCAGCGCCACUGGCCGGAAACACUGAGAUUCCGCCGGACGACGGCUACACUUGGAGAAAGUACGGCCAAAAGGAGAUUCUAGGCUCAAAGUUCCCAAGGAGCUACUACAGGUGCACCCACCAGAGGCUGUACCAUUGCCCGGCGAAGAAGCAAGUCCAGCGGCUCGACGGCGACCCUUUCACCUUCCAAGUCACCUACCGAGGCGACCACACAUGCCACAUGUCCUCCACCGCGCCCACCUCUUCGCCGCCAGUUAUGACCCAAUUUUCCCCUACAACCACCCAAUCUCCGCCGUCUGCUUGGCUCUUAGAUAUCAAGCCAACUGGGGAAGACCUGCAGGUGGGAUUGUACAGGGGCUUUGGCUUGAGUGGUGGCGGAGGGACUAGCAGCACAACUGGCUCCACUGGGGUUGGCAGCGGUCCGUUGGGUGCACGAUAUGGAAGAGAAGUUGACAACGAACAGCUACUGGUGGCGGAUUUGGCUGACGUCAUGUUUAACUCUGCUAGUAGCAGCAAUAACAGCAUGGAGCUCAUCUUCUCCGCCAUGGAUGACCAUAAACAAAAAUCAAGAGAGGAGCAAAACUAACUGCCGGCCGGCCGGAAGCCAGAUAUAUCAACAGGUUUAAUUAGAUCUAAUAUUGUUGCUUAAGCGUUACAUUCGAUUGAGUACUGCAUGCGAGAUAAAGUCACUAGCAGUUGUAGAGCUGUUUCAAAAUUUGUAACAUAUUAUUAUUGCAGAUUUUGACCAAAAAAAUAAGCUAAAGCCAAACAUCACCUUACUUCAUUAUGCAAGAGGGAUUAUUUGUUAG